AUGGACGCCAAAAUCGCGCAGAAGAGGCAAACAGGUUCUACUGCUCGUAUGACAGUCCUGUGUGGUGUAACAGUGUGCGUGGUUUGUGGCAUAUUUCUGCUAUUCAACUACUUUCUCGUGAAUCAGCGCAUUUCCAUGCUAGAAGAGAGGUUGGACAGACUGCAGAGGCGUGGAAAGCCAAACACUAACAUUUCAUUACAGAGGAACGUCCGUGAAAGAAGAUCUCUGCAGGAUGAUACACGAUUAGAGAUGGCAGAUUUGGAUUUGCAAAACAGUCUGAACAAUGCCGAGAAAGAAAGGUAACUUUAAAGGUGGUCUUUUCCUUUCAUAUUUUCAAUGAGUUGUCAUAAAGCUUCUUCCCCCAUAAAGGUGAUACUUGUGCCACGUUUUUCGUUCAGUUGGCUAGAUAGAUCUAUAGCUGGAGAAACCAAUGAAGGCUAAAGGACAGCAAAUGUAGUACAAGUCAGUUCCAAAUUAACCUUAACCCUUUCAGCCCUAAGAGUGAUCAGCAUCAAAUUUCUCCUUGUAACAUCAAUGCUUUGUAAAAGAGUGAUCAUGGGAAUUACGGACAUGAUCACACAAGAUGGAUUUGCUUGAUAUUUCAUCAACUUCUCCCCACUACUUCUGUAGGAAAUGAAUAGGGGCAACAAAUGAGAAUUCAAAUUUGGAUCUUAGGGUUUAAAGGGUUAACUUGACGAAUCUCUAAAGAUAGACGUUAAGGGAUAGUUCCCGUAGUGGUACUCAGUUCCCAAAUCUCGAAGAAUUUGUGCAUUUGUUCCCUCACAAUCCAGGAGUAACCAAGUGAUUAAAUUUGCAUUCCAACAUUGCCCCUGCAUAAAUUGCAGCCAUCAAUUCAUGACCACCUAACUUAAUUCAAUAUCGGCAAAUGUCGCAUAUUUAUUACUGUCUCAUGCAUUCUUUGUCCUAUAACGAAUCAAUUUAAUUUUCAUUGACAGGCUCGACCAAGCAAAUGAACCAACUUCACUCCCAACUCCGCCUAAGGACUGGUGGUUCCUAGCGUUCCUUCGAGGUAUACAUUACCAGCGACUAUACGUCGUUAACCCUUCCUAUUCCAAAGGGAGCUAAACUAAACAUUCAGAAACAAUUUUGCAAUUUGGUUCGUAAAAUGAUGAAAAAAAAAAGGAGCACCGUGUGAAAAACUACUGAAGUGAUUUCAAUUGAGUAGUCACACCGAAGGAUUUGGUCCUCGACUCAAAAGUUAGAGCAACUUGACUGAACUCUAUCUUUCACUCUUUCAAAUGGUUAUAUUAAGAGAGAAUUUUCGACUUAAUUUAGUUGUUAAUGUUUUAGCACAAACACCCUGCUAUCAGAGCCUUUCUCUCACUUGUUCGAUUGUGGCGUACUGAAGAAAGACUCUUCAAGAAUCGAGUAAGAUCUUUGUUACGCAUGCGCUGUAUGUUGCUAGGAUACAGUUUCAAACCCAGGCCUCAUGGCCGUGUGCUUGGUAAGGCGGGCUCAGUUAACAGCUGUAGAUCCGUCCGGUUAUCAAUAAACGGAUGCUCGCACUCGGAAAACCAGUUUGACGAGAGAAAAACAAGAUUGGCUAGUCCAGAAGUUUGACCUUCAGCGACUUCAAAGCCUUGACCCAAUUCAGGCACUCCUUCUUGAUCAACAAGAAGACAAAGGAGACUCUGCUCACAGGUUGCAGCACGAAGCACUAAUGAACACUUUAAGCCCUAAUAGUGAUGGGUGUCACAUUUUUCUUUGUAAUAUCACAGCUUAAUAAAACAGAGUUGUCAUGAGAAUUAAGGACAUGAUCACACAAGAUGAAUCUAAUUGAUACUUCAACAAAUUCUCCCCCCUACUUCUAUUGAAAACGUAUAGGGAUAAUAAAUGAGAAUUUGAAUUUUCAUGUUAGGGUUGAAAGGGUUAAGAUAAAAUUGAAGAGCAGAGAGCCCCUGUGGGGCUAAUGCAUUCUAAGCAACGUUUACGGGAGUUUUAAAUCUGCAAAUAAUAUUCAUGACAUUUGUUUGAUUUAAAACGAUUUCCAUUUUAAAUUUCUUCUUCAAACUUAAAGGAAGAGAUGGCCGUGAUGGCAGAGAAGGCCCCGCAGGACCACCCGGGCCACCUGGGCCUCCUGGACCCGCUGGAGAACGCGGUCCCGCUGGAAAAGACGGUGAAGCAGGCACCCCGGGAACACGCGGAAAAAAAGGCGACCCCGGGACGCCUGGAAAACAAGGUCCCCGAGGGAUUAAAGGUACGCUAAUUUAA